UCAUUGUCGCUUGCGAGCCACUGUAACAGUAAGUUUAGCCCGUGUGUGUUCUCCCGUUAGUCAUUCAGUGAGUUGGUUCAGUACACUUGCUGCUGCACUUAGCCCUAGACUAGUGCUGGGAAGCGCAGUAUCCGUGUGUAUGUGCGAAACUGGAACACAUGGGGUCCCUAUGGCUCAGGUACAAUGACAAAGACAAGUCCCGCCCCGCCCCACUCUUGUCCAAUCCGAAGAGGUCCCAUCCUUCACCCUGCUCUUCUAUUGGCCGCUGUCUGUGUCAGUGCCGCUUGCCUGCAGCCCUGCCUGUGUCUGCUCCGAGCUCCGGACUAGUGCAAACAGUUGAGAGAGCAGGUUAGACUGAGUGAGUGACAUCCCUGGCCGGGCACCCACACAAGCAGCAUGGCCGUGUCCGCACCUCCAGUCAUCAACGCAACUUCCACUCCGGCCUCAGGGGGCUUGUACUCCGGCAGCAGCCCGGCAGCAGACUCCCCCCGACUGGGAAUGCUCAGCAGCUUUGUCCCGUCCGGUUCCAGCCCUCUGGCAGGGAGCAGCAAUGAGUGUCGGAUGGUGGACCUGCACGGGGCGAAGAUCGCGUCGUUUGUGCUAGAGGGGCAGGAGCUCAUCUGCCUCCCCCAGGUGUUCGACCUGUUCCUCAAGCACCUGGUGGGGGGGCUGCACACGGUCUACACCAAGCUCAAGAGACUGGAUAUAACGCCGGUAGUGUGCACCGUGGAGCAGGUCCGGGUGCUGCGGGGACUGGGAGCCAUCCAGCCUGGGGUCAAUCGCUGCAAACUCAUCUCCCGCCGAGACUUCGAGACUUUGUACAACGACUGCACCAAUGCCAGCUCCCGACCAGGAAGACCUCCGAAACGUUCACUAGGAGUUGGAAUUCAAGAAAAUGCACGUCUACUGACUCACGGAGUUCCAGGUCUUUUAUCACCAGGACUAAUAUCUCCCACAGGCCUGACAGCUGCUGCUAUGGCGGAGGCCAUGAAACUACAAAAGAUGAAGAUGAUGGCAAUCAACAGCCUUCAUGGAAGUGGCAGCCAGAAUGGGACCGAGUCUGAGAAUGAAGAACUCAACUCAAAUGCAGGUGGAAGUGAAUCUUCAUGGGACAAAGACAAGUUGCAGUCUCCAAUCACGACAACUGUAUCUCAGCAUGGCAUGGGACAUGUCACUCUGUCAGGUCAAGCCAGCCUUGGAGGUCAUCCACUAAGCCCUCUCCAGCAAAACCACUUGCUAGCCAACAGAUUAGAUUUACCAUUUAUGAUGAUGCCCCACCCCCUCCUUCCAGUCAGCCUACCUCCUGCAUCUGUUGCCAUGGCAAUGAAUCAGAUGAAUCACCUAAAUACUAUAGCUAACAUGGCUGCAGCUGCCCAGAUGCACAGUCCUCUGUCCAGAAUGGGAGCCUCUGUUAUAAAGGAGAGGAUACAGGAUACUCCAUCCCCUGCUCCAUCCAUAGAAGACAGCCAGCGACCCGGGAGCCAUGCAUCCUCACAUCAAAGCAGUAGUGUAUCAAGCUCACCCUCACAACUUGACAAUAUACCGGAUCGAGUCGCUCUGCUAACGAACUCCAGAGAAGGUGAGAUCACAGGACAAGAUACUGGAUCCAUUAUGAAAAAGAUGUCAAAAGAGAAAGAUGAUAUCCAGAUUGCUAUUCCAUUUAUUAAACCGACUUUGGAUAAAGUACAACUGACUGGACAAACAUUACCCCCCGGAUUCCCUUCACCUUUUCUCUUUGCUGAUGGGCUAUCAUCAGUUGAAACUCUUUUAACCAACAUUCAGGGCCUUCUAAAAGUUGCAGUUGAUAAUGCCAGAGUACAAGAGAAGCAAAUACAGCAAGAAAAGAAAGAAUUAAAACUGGAACUUUGCAGAGAACGAGAGCUUCGCGAAAAUCUCGAGAGGCAGCUGACUGCAGAAUUACAGAGUCGAGCAACAAUUCAAAAGCGCUUGAAGAAAGAGAAAAAGGCCAAGAGAAAAUUGCAGGAUGCUCUGGAGUUUGAGUCAAAACGGAGAGAACAAGUUGAACAGGCACUUAAACAAGCCACCUCAGGGGAGGGUCUCCGAAUGUUAAAUGAUGCCUGCAUCCCAGAGAUGGAAACAGAACACAAUGGCUCUCAACACGACAGCCCACCAAUGCAAGAAAACAGGACGUACAUAAAGCCACCAAUAAUGUACUGAAGGAAGACCGGUUGGAGAUUGCUAUUUGAAGAUUACACUGUUCAUGAAAAGGGUCCCUCCCAGCCUUUGAUGCCUUUAUUAUAGAAAGAAAAAUUACGAAUCGAGCAUGAAACUUGAAGGACGUUUUUGGAACUGUUGUAGCGGUUGCUGCAUCAACAACUGCCAUGUCAUUUUAAUAAUAAUGAAAGAUUUUUUUCUGCAAAGUUUCCAUAGAAAAGCCAACCAAAAGGAUGCUGUUAGUGUGUAGACCCCAAAUAGAGUUGUUUUGACAUCUGAAGCACAUGUAAAAAAAAUCACUAAAGAUUCAGAUAGGACUCCAACACUUAAAUAACCAUUUCACCCCCUAAGAUCUAAAUGAUUAUGAUUCAGUUAAAUGUGUGGCUAAUGCCCAAUGAAUACACUACACUCAAAAAUGUCCUUUCCAGCUUUCCUUGUGGCUGAAAUGGAAAUUCUUAAUGGCUGAUACCACUCAUCACGGAACAAUAUAAUUGUGUUUAUAAAUCUUGCUUUGUUUAUUGAAGCUAAUGCUCAAUAUAUAUUACAUUUUCAAAAGAAAUGUGUGUACAUUUAAAAAAAACAAAAAAACAAUGGUGUACAAAUUAUUCUUUCAUUAGAUGACCAAAUAAAAAGCACGGAUGUUGCCCUAGCUGCUGGAAUACCGAGGAUCACAAUGCCUUCUUAUAUCCAGCUCAGCAUUUGGUCUUUUAAGAGAAAUGAUCAUACAGUAGAAUGUUAGAUAAUGGGACCUUUUAAGUAUGGAUUCUCUGUUGUACCAUAUUAAGUUAAAGUAUAACUUCUUUGUUAAAAUGUUCUUGCUAAAAUACAGUAUUAAAACAUUUUUGUUUGA